CUAUCUCUUUCUCUCUCUCUCUCUCUCUCUCUCUCUCUCUCUCUCUCUCUCUCUCUCUCUCUCUCUCUCUCUCUCUCUCUCUCUCUCUCUCUCUCAGUAGCAGCAGCAGCAGAGAGCCGACACCCUGGAGGUGUCAGUUUGACCCUGUGCUUUCUCAAGAGCAACUAGUCAGUCAGGUUCACGGUUAUGUUAUCUUCGUGUUGGUUGGUGUGCUUGCGCAUGUUUCCGUACACUGAAUACAAAUUUAAGAAACUAAAUCUGCAAUAUUCGAGAUUAUUUAAGUUUAUGAAUAACAACUUUCUUUGAAUUUAACUUUAUUUUGUUUUAAUGGUGAAAUGAUUCUUAUUGAACAGAAUAAAAUUCGGCGCAAUCCUCAUAUUCAUAUAUCAUAGAAUCUUCCAGUGGAUAUCAUCUGUUUUUCCUGCCUUCGUUGUCAUGUGUUCGAUUUCCCUGUACUACAAGGAGCCCUGUGUAAGCUCGAGUUCAGCUGAAAGAGAGUGAGUGAGAGGGAGAAGAGAGUGGAGAGGGAUAGGAUAGGGAGAGAGGCGUGGCUGGUCAGAGAGGGCAUGGUUGAUCUUAAGAGAGAGGUAAUAUCAAAUUUAUAUGUUAUAUAAUAAAUAACUCCUAUGUUAUGUAACAUAUAAUUAUGUUAUAUAACAUUAUUUAAGUUUGUGAAAAUAUACGAGCAUCCUGAGUGAAAUAAUUUAUCCAUAUGCACACAUGUUUAUCUUAGUCAUUCACCCACUUCAAACAUAUUUGUGCAAUAUAAUAUUAAUAAUAAUAAUAAUAAUAAUAAUAAUAAUUUAUUUAGGUAAGGUACAUACAUAAAGAGAUUUUACAAAGUUUGUUGGCUUUAUAGAUAGAGCUAGUACAUACAAUGCCUAAAGCCACUAUUACGCAAAGCGUUUCGGGCAGUACAAUACAGUACAUUGUUGUGUCUGUAGUAAGAGCCAAGAUAUAUAUUAAGUCAGAACUUGUAUACUUCCUCUCCCAGAUACGUUGAACACUGCCGAGGCAGACAGGGAGGGCGGGACGAGCCCAGGCCACUUGUCACGGGUUGAUCCUGUGAACACAGUGGCAAGCAAACAUGUCCAAAGGCAGAAGGUUAAGCUAAACACACAGUCAGACGAACAGGCGUAAUUUAAAGUAUUCGUUCAAGGACAACAGCUGCUCCUUUUGUCAAAACCGAGACAAAUACUUUUUUUUUAGAAUUGGACGUAUUUGUUUCAUAUUUAUACUUUUCGAAUCUUUUUCUAGCAUGUUGCUAGAAAAUGCUGUGCUCGGAUGGUCCGCAUGAGGUCAUUCCAGUGACCAUAAUAUUCAGAGAAGACAUUGCAACCACAUGCUGGGGACGUCGACCUUCCCUGCUUCAGUGGACAGAGCUCGCCAGUCGUCCCUUCCAACUCCUACCGUUCACCUUACUCCUGAGGGGACUCUUCUGGAUCCAAUAUGCCGUAGAGGAUCUCGCAACUGUGCGGUUAGAUACUACUCAACUGUAGUAUACGACACUAAGAACGGCUUCCCAUUUUCAAUCUAACAAAAUUCUGGCUUCGAGUGAGAGCUGAUUUCUCAAAACGACAACAAAAGUACUUACUAGGCAACAAACGUGUCACUUCUGUUACGUGUGCAUUAAUAAAAUACACACUUAAAUGCCCAGAUAAAAUAAUCCACAAGUCUACGUGAAAAAUAAGUUAUUCGCUCUAAUAAUGUGACCAGGUCUUUGUGGGAAAAAAAAAAGUAGAAGUGAAAGUAGAAGUACUAAAUGGAGAACUAGGGUCUGAUCUGGCAUAAUCACAGGCCCUCGGCCUGCGGGCCGUUCCAAGCAACAGUCUGGUGAACCAAACUCUCACAAGUCAAGCCUGGCCUUGGGCCGGGCUUGGGGAGUAGAAGAACUCCCAGAGGCCCAUCAAGCAGGUAUCUCAUAAACUUGUAUCGACGCGUGAAAUUAUGCGGCCCGAUCGACUGAUCACCAUUGUUUUGUUGGUCUUACUUCACGGCCCCGAAGGGGACACCGCCGCUGCUACUGCAGGCCUCCAUGAUGAGCGAGGCCCCAAGAGGGACACCGUCGCUGCUGCUGCAGGCCUCCAGGACGAGGAAGGCCCCGAGGGGGACACCGCCGCUGCUACUGCAGGCCUCCAGGAUGAGCGAGGCCCCAAGGGAAGCACAGUCGCUGCUGCUGCAGGCCUCCAGGACGAGGAAGGCUCCAAGAGGGACACCGUCGCUGCUGCUGCAGGCCUCCAGGACGAGGAAGGCCCCGAGGGGGACACCGCCGCUGCUGCUGCAGGCCUCCAGGAUGAGCGAGGCCCCAAGGGAAGCACAGUCGCUGCUGCUGCAGGCCUCCAGGACGAGGAAGGCUCCAAGAGGGACACCGUCGCUGCUGCUGCAGACCUCCAGGACGAGCAAGGCCCCAAGGGGGGCACCGUCGCUGCUGCUGCAGGCCUCCAGGAUGAACAGAAAGGCGGUCUGUCAUUCUCCUCGGGAACGUCGCUACACCUCGAUGAUGGCCACAACGACCAGCAGGACGGUACGACAGUCGCCAGCAACACUCUUGCCCACAGCUUAGACAAUCAGAGGACACCCACGUGGUCCGCACCAUUCCCACACACCUCGCAAAGCCAAGUAACAGUGCAGCCUAUACACAUUUGGAACAACAACUUAUAUGUGUCGCAGAUUCCGCUUCCCUAUGCCAGUUUUCUACUCCCUCACGCAAGCACUUCACUGUUCUUUACAACGUCCAAUCUUCCCCAUGCAUCACUUCAACCACAGACAAUUCCCACUACUUCCUCAUCCCUGCUUAAUGUUGAUGGUAUGCAGAGGAAGCUAAUUCUCAUUCCAGAUUCUUUCCGCUCCCCUUUCUUUCAUGAACAACGUCCACUGCAAGACAACUCUCAAGGAAACCAACCUCUUGUAGGCCUCGUGCCUCAGAGACUUCAGUCCUCAGGUGAAUCAAAGGUGGCCAAAUCAUCCUUCAGCAUCACGAAGGAGGCUCUGUCAGGGGCAAUGAAGAAUAAACUGCAGAAGGCACCACAUGAAGUAUCAUUGAUGGAGCUGCAAGAUGUACCACAGGAAGCACAAGAAUCACAACAAGAGGCACUGCAAGAGUCACAACAAGAGGCACUGCAAGAGUCGCAACAAGAGGCACUGCAAGAGUCACAACAAGAGGCACUGCAAGAGUCACAAGAGGCACUGCAAGAGUCACAACAAGAGGCACUGCAAGAGUCACAAGAGGCACUGCAAGAGUCACAACAAAAAGCACUGCAAGAGUCACACCAAGAGGCACUGCAAGAGUCACACCAAGAGGCACUGCAAGAGUCACAACAAGAGGCACUGCAAGAGUCACAACAGAAAGCACCGGACACACAACAGGAGGCACUGGAGGUAUUACAGGAGACACAGGAGGAGGUUUCAUUGUUGCCUGCAAUCUUGGAGUCAUUUGAACCAAUUGACAACCCUGGACUGCUCAAGACUAUACUAUUUCCCGGCAGACCUACUGAACCUGCAAGGUUCAGCAGUUCUACUUCUGGUUUAGAGGCAAUUAUUUUUCCUUCAGCAAUUCCACCUGCAGCUGAAAAGGCUCCAACAACACCUUCAGCUACCUCGACACUUCCCAUCGUGUACCCCACCUCUACCCCACACUCCACUGUCACAAUAGCUUCACCUCCCGAUGCUGGAGUAACAGACAUCAAAAUCAGCAUAUUUAUACCGCGAUUUCCCUGUACUACAAGGAGCCCUGUGUAAACUCGAGUUCAGCUGAAAGAGAGAGUGGGAGGGAGAAGAGAGUGGAGAGGGAUAAGGAGGGAGAGAUUGAAAAUUGAGUUUUCUACUCAAGCUUCUUUAACUAGAAGUUGUUGUGCUUUUGUGCAAUUUAUACUAGACAUUUUGACCUUUUAAAGAAGUGAUGUCUAGAUGCCUUCUAAUUUGUUUAGUAUUUUAAAGGCUUCAAUGAGAUCAAGCCAGUUGUGGUAUGUUUGUAGUUGCUUGUCCUAGAGCCCUUAACCAAGAUUAUUUUUGCCACUGCAAAGAACAUUUUCCAGUGUGGUUGUAUUUUUUUCCAGAUAUCUCUAUACUUUUAUGCAGUAGUCCAGGUGAGAGCACAUAAUAAUAAUAAUAAUAAUAAUAAUAAUAAUAAUAAUAAUAAUAAUAAUAAUAAUAAUUGAGAAGAAGUAUAGGUCAAGAAUUGUCUCUACAGAAUUUUCAAAGAUUUACUCAUCAAUGCUGU